AUUUUGGAGAAAAGAGAGUAAUCCCAGCCAGAAUCAACGUCACCCGGCUGAAAAUUUCUUGCAGCCCCUCUUCUCUUUCGUUUUUGGACGAGGAUUUCCAAAUUGGAGAUGAUUGUGUAAAGGAGCGAUACAGUGAGAAAGAGAUUAAAAUAAGAGUAAGCUAUUGAUGUUAUGCAAGUAGAAAAAGAAAGAAAAACAAAAAAAAAAGAUGGCUGCUGCGAGUAUGAUCCUUCCUAUUGUACAGAAACUAGGCUCCCUCCAAAUGGAUCAAACUAAUUAUCUCUUUCUAGCGAAGCCAGAAGUGGACUCAUUAUGCAAACAACUCCGGGAGAUGAUUGCCUAUCUGAUGGGCGAAGAAGCAAUAUACCCCAAUGACCCAGUAGUGAAAGUGGGGGUGAGACAAUUCAGAGAGUUGGUCUUCGAGGCAGAAGAUGCGUUCGACCUAUUUGCAUAUGAAGAAGCUCUGAGACAGCAAGAGAAUGUUGUUAUGAAGAUUGUCAUGUUCCCAAAAUUUCUUUGUAUGACUCACAAGCUAAUAGGGAAAAUCCGAAAGUUCACAGGAAGGAUCCAGCGUCUUUCAGUUCACAUAACGAUUUUUAGGAUUCAGCAUUUAAAGGUGAGUCAAACAUGUGCCAAUCGAGGUUCACACGGUUUCGUCGAUGUUGUAGGCCUUCAAAGCGAAGCUGAUGAGCUUGCGAAGUUGUUGAUGAAGGAGGAGCCCAAUGUAUCGUUUGGUGUUGUUUCAAUUACAGGUAUGGGCGGAGUGGGGUGCUCAAAAAAUCUACGACAGAGUUGAUGUGAAAAGGCACUUUGAUUGUCAAGCAUGGAUGGAAUGGAAGAUGUUUUGUUCAAUAUCAUCAAACAAGUUGAGCUACUCACCUUUGCAGAAGAAAAGAUGUUGGCAUCAAUGAAGGUUGAAAGUUUGAAAGAAAGGCUUUCUGAAUGUCUCAAAGAGAAGAACUAUCUCUU